AUGGAAUUAACAGCUGACGUCAUAAUAAGUUAUGCAUGGCAUGCAUGGAGACUCAUCUUCAUGAUUAGGUCACCUGCCCCUGCCUAACGGUCCAUCAUGACUUCUCCACAUCCUCUCCGUCUCCCCCUAUUUAUAUUCCUAGCUACUGCACACCCCCCUGCAGCUGCUUGCUAGCACGUAAGCAUUAUUUGGCUUCCAUGGCUGCUUCUUCAUCUUCUUCUUUGUGUUAUUGUUCCUGCCGCUGGUUAAUGUUUGUCGUGAUUGCAGUAUUAGUAGUGUUGGCAGGGAGCUCGUCUGCUCAGCUCUCUACGAGCUUCUAUUCCAAGACAUGCCCAAAUGUUUUUGGGGCAGUGAAAUCUGCCGUCCAGUCUGCUGUGUCGAAGGAGAAACGCAUGGGCGCUUCUCUUCUGCGCCUCUUCUUCCAUGACUGCUUCGUUAACGGCUGCGAUGGUUCCAUAUUGCUAGAUGACACUUCUUCUUUCACGGGAGAGAAGACAGCAGGUCCAAAUAAUAAUUCCGCACGAGGCUUCAAUGUUAUUGAUGCCGCCAAAUCUAAAGUGGAAAAAGUAUGCCCUGGCGUUGUCUCAUGCGCCGAUAUUCUAGCCAUUGCUGCUCGUGAUUCAGUUACCAUUCUAGGAGGGCCAAGCUGGAAUGUGAAGGUAGGAAGAAGAGAUUCAAAGACAGCCAGUCAAUCGGCGGCCAACAGAGGCAUCCCUGGUCCUGCUUCUUCCCUUUCCGCCCUCAUCUCCAGAUUUCAAUCCCUUGGUCUCUCCACCACCGAUCUCGUUUCUUUAUCUGGGGCCCACACAAUUGGACAAGCAAGGUGCACCGUCUUUAGAAGUCGCAUCUACAAUGAGACUAAUAUUGAUGCUUCUUUCGCAAAAAGGAGGCAGAGAAGCUGCCCGAGGACUACUGGCUCGGGCGACAACAACCUUGCACCGCUUGAUUUUCAGACUCCCACUGCAUUUGACAAUGCCUAUUUCAAGAACCUGAUCAGCAAAAAGGGUCUCCUCCAUUCUGACCAAGUAUUGUUCAAUGGCGGAUCUACUGACUCGCUCGUCAAAAAAUACAAUAGCAAUCCUAAAAGCUUCUUAUCUGACUUCAUUUCUGCAAUGAUUAGAAUGGGAGAUAUUAGUCCUCUCACUGGAUCUAAUGGUGAGAUAAGAAAGAAUUGUAGGAAGGUUAACUAGCUAGUCAAAACUAGUUAGCCAAAAUAAUUAUUGAAUCAAGUCCUCAGUAUCAAUUGUUAUUUUGAAGUGUAGUAAUUAUAUGAAUGCAAAAUUAAGAGUAUCCCAAGUGUACUAUACAUCGUUUGUUUUUCAUAAUAAAGGUACUUAGCUUCAAAUUA